AUUAACACGUAUUUACUUUUAAGUAAUAUUCUAUAUAUUAAUAUCAGAAUGUCGUUUAAAAUUCGAGCUUUCAUACUAUUCUUUGCAUUUUGCAUAUGCAACAUUGCAGGAAACGGAGGAAAUUUCGACGAAAACACGAAAUUGUGGGGCAAUUGUGUUCCAGAAUUACACAAUUCGGAAACUUCAAUUGCUCAUAUGGCUUUGAGCGCAAUGAAAAAAAACGGAGCAAAAGUUGCUCAGAUAAACGCUGAUACAGGUAAACAAUUGAAGUACAAAGAUCUUUUUGAAAUAACAGUUCGCGUCGCACAAAAUCUCCAAAAUCGCGGUUACAAGCCAAAGCAAAUGUUUGGAUUUAUGGUGAAAAAUUCCGAGGCUGUGGCAGCACUAAUGUUUGCUGCGUUCGCUAUGGGUGCUAUACCAGAUAUGUGCAGUGUUACACUCGGAAAGGAGGACUUGGCUCCGAUAUUCGAAAGAUCCAAACCGAGCGUCAUAUUCUGUGAUGUUGAAUUCUACGAUUUAGUCCGUGAAAGUCUUAGAGAGGCUGGCAGUAAUGCAAAGAUUUUCACAUUGAAUGGUGAAAAAGGUGAUUCAGAAUCGGUUGAAGCACUCUUUCAAAAAACCGGAAAGGAAACAAGAUUCAUACCGACUAAAGUGGAUGGUAUCAAUGAUGUCGCGAUAAAAAUGUGUUCAUCAGGUACAACCGGAACAUCCAAAGGUGUUCUCUUAUCGCAUGCCGCUCUAAUUUCGGGCAUCUUACGGACAAAAGUUGUAGAUACCAAUAGUGUUAUCCUCAAUAUGAAUUCCAUCGAUUGGAUAACGAGUUUAAUCGCACUUUUGCUGGCAACUUUCAAUGGAGCGAAGCGUGUGAUCACCGAAAAACCAUAUACACCCGAAUGGCAAUUGCAAUUAAUUGAGAAAUAUAAAAUUUCAUUCCUAAUCACACCACCCUAUCAAAUGGUAUCAAAUUUAAAAAGUGGUUUACUCUCAAAAAAGAAAUUGUCCAGCAUUCGACUUCAAUUGGUAUGCGGCACCAAGGUGCCAUUUGAUGCGCUAAACGAAUAUAAUUCAUAUUUGACAAAUGGAUCUGCAGUGAAUUCGUAUGGAACAUCAGAAAUGGCAUCAUUUUUAACAAUUGAUUAUCCAAAAAGUGGAAAGGAUACCAUUGGUAAAUUAUUAAAUGGUUUAAAUUUAAAAAUUAUCGACGAAAAUGGUAAUCGUGUUGGCAUUGAUAUGGACGGUGAGAUAUAUGUGAAGAGCUCAUAUAAAUUCAUCGGCUACCAUGGUCGUAAUGAUUUGACGAGAGAGGUUAUUGACGAUGAAGGUUUCUAUCGCACUGGAGACAUCGGUCAUGUGGAUAGAGAUGGAAACAUAUUUAUCGUUGGUAGAGCAAAAGAUUUAUUGAAGUAUUGUAGUAAGAAAUUUGCACCGUCUGACAUUGAAAGUUUUCUGAUCAAAUCGCCGGACAUUGAAAAUGUAUGCGUGACUGGAAUACCGGAUGAUUUGGCAGGAGAUAUACCGGUCGCUCUUGUUGUGCGCAAAACAAAUUCAAGAAUAUCCGAAAAUGAUAUCUAUCAAAUGGUCGCAAAUCAAUUUCCCGACCACUAUAAACUUCGGGCUGGGGUCUUUUUUGUGAACAGCAUUCCGAGAAAUAAUGCAGGCAAAAUCUUACGUAGACAAGCACAAGAUAUUGCAUUGAGUUGUGCAAAGGGCCGCUGUGAGUGAAUCAAUUAAAAAUGAAGAACUAAUAUUUCUAUUAUCUGAUUUAUGAAUUGAUCAUAAUAAAGAGCAUGUUUUGCGUAAAACAACAGCA